UCUCGGUCAGAACUGGAUUUGCGGCUUAAUGUCGCAAUCAAAUGAAGUAUUUUCUUCCCCCAGCACUGCCGCUCCUCCCUCAGCGCCGCCCUUUAUCCCCACUGCCCGGCUGGCUGGUGGGUGCCUCCCCGGCGGCUGCAGGUACCCGGGAGCCGCUCCGCCGUCUCUCGCUCCAAGAGUUCGUUUGCACGGCCGGGCACUCGACCGCUUCUCCCCUCUCGCGGUCUGCGGCAGAGCCAGGACGGGAAGGGCGCCCGCGGCUUCUGGCGCCGUCAGGGAGCUCAGUCCGGCCGGGGGCAGUCAGUCAGCCUCCUCAGUGAAAUAGCGAGGGAGUUACUAAAAACUUCGAACUUGCAUCGUUUGACAAUGGAUUACAACCUCAAUUUACUGCUGCAGCCAGACGAACUCGAUGGAUGCUCCGAAACGGAGAACGAGAAAAGGAGGUUGAAGAACAAUCUGGGGAGGCAGCUGUCAUGUUCUGUCGCAGAGGGGAACGAGGAGAAAUUCAACAAGGUCCUACGUAUCAUUCACAUCACCAGGAUGAAACUGACCGAGCCCUGGUUCUCGGACUAUAAGACGGGGAAGACUUGCCUGAUGAAAGCUUUGCUGAAUCUGAACAGCAGCACAGAGGGAAUAGUGAAAAAGCUGAUCGAGGCGGCAGAGGAGAACAAUUGUUUAAGCCAGCUGAUUAAUGCUGAAUAUACUGACAAAGAUUACAAAGCCCUUCACAUCGCCAUCGAGAGGCGCUGCCCUGACAUCGUGCGCCUCCUGCUGGAGAAAGGGGCCGACGUGAAUGCGCGGGCCACGGGCAAGUUCUUCAAGCUGAGCGAGCAGCGGAAAGGCUUUUACUUCGGUGAACUUCCGCUCGCUCUCGCUGCUUGCACCAACCAGCCUGAAACCGUGUCCCUCCUCCUGUCUGACCAGAGGACCAAGGUCAGCGAGCAGGACUCCAGCGGUAACACGGUUCUCCACGCGCUGGUCACGGUGGCUGACGACACGGAGGACAACACCAAGUUCGUGACGGAAAUGUACAACAAGAUCUUGAUCGAAAACAAAGGCGGCAACUUGGAGGAAGUCCGCAACGUGAAGGGGCUGACUCCCCUGCAACUUGCCGCCAAACUCGGCAAGUUUGAGAUAUUUCGAAAUAUUCUCAGUCGAGAGAUAAAAGACAGGAAACAUCGCAAACUCUCCCGGAAAGUCACAGACUGGGUUUACGGACCGGUUUCCUCCUCGCUGUAUGACAUCACAGGAGUGGAUACCACGGAAAAGAAAUCUGUUCUGCAGAUCGUGGUGUUCAACACCAAAAUCCAGAACCGUCAUCUGCUGCUUUCGGUGGAACCUUUGAACACUCUACUUCAACAGAAGUGGGAGAAAUUUGCAGUUUACAUGUUCACUGCCAGCUGCGUGGCCUACGUGCUCUAUGUAACCAUAUUCACCACCAUUUACUAUGACCGUUCAAAUAUGUAUGAGUUUCCACUUCAGCUAAACACCACAGCUCCUUCAUGGCAGCUCAAUGGGCGAGUCUUCAUUCUACUGUGGGCUUUUCUUUUGUUGAUCAUAGAGAUCGUGAUGAUCAGCCAGCUGAGGCUCCCGGACCUCCAGUCGGUGGUGACAGAAGCCUGGUUCCACAUUCUCUUCUUCUUGCAGGCUGGGAUGGUGAUCUGCUCCACCGUGUUGUACUGGUUGGGCGCUGAUCUCCAGCGAGCGAUGCUGAUGGGGGCACUGACUCUCGGCUGGAUCAACGUCCUCUACUACACCCGGGGAUUCCAGAGCAUGGGGAUCUACAGCGUCAUGCUGCAAAAGAUCCUGUUAAGUGAUGUGGUGCAUUUCCUGUUUGUCUAUCUCCUGUUCCUAAUUGGUUUUUCUGCAGCUCUCGCCUCCCUGAUUCGGAGUUGCCCGAACAGCCUGGGGUGCAGCCCUUUUGACUCUUUCGGCAUGGCCAUGCUGGAACUCUUCAAGCUCACCAUCGGACUGGGGGACUUGAAGAUACAGAGCCAGGCCCUCUACCCGCAGCUCUUCCUCUUCCUCCUGGUGUUGUAUGUCGUCCUCACCUUCAUCCUGCUGCUGAACAUGCUGAUCGCACUGAUGGGAGACACUGUGGGCAACAUCUCCAAAGACAGCAAGACCAUCUGGAAACUCCAGCGAGCGAGAACCAUUCUGAACUUGGAGAUGUAUUUGCCAAAGUUUCUGAAGGAAAAGUUUCGGCUGGGAAAAGACCUCAAUGGAAAGAGAUACAUCAGGAUCAAUGAGGUGAACUGGACAAAGUGGAGUACAAGCGUAGCUUGCAUCCAUGAAGAUCCAGGAGAAGAGGAAGAUACGUCCUCUGAUGAAAGCUCAGACGAAGCGGACAAAGCGAAGUUACCACUCCGUGAAAGUGUUCCGAGGAAAAAGUUCUGGACCAGAAGAUGGAACCUGGGCCACAACAGGAAAUGUACCCGGAGAGUGAACAGGAACAGGGCAGCAAGCCACACACGGCUAGAGAUGAUUUCAGAACAGAGUACACCAGAGACAGAGGCUAUGAAGUUCAAGCCCUGCCAGGCCGGGCCAAGCGGAGAUGCACUGGUUUAAUUUGUUCCUGCUGGAACAGUGUGAUAGACAACGCCGCCUCAGUGGUUACUAACCUUGUCAAGCUUUUGCAAGCUCCAUUUCAGGGACUUUCAGACCAAAUGUUUCAGAGCAGCAAGGGAAAGAUUGAGGGAGCAACACCUCAUAUUCCAUCUAGGUAGCCUCCAACUUGAUGGCAUGAACAUUGAUUUCUCCAACUUCCAGUAAUUUUUUCCCUCCUCCUUCCCUUUUCUUCAAUUCCUCCCUCUGGCCUUACUCCUUCUCCUCACCCUCAUCCUUCCCUUUCUCCCAUGAUGCACUCUUCUCUCCUAUCAUAUUUUUCCUUCUUCAGCCCUUCCCUCCCCACCCCCACCUACCUGGCUUCACCCAUCACCUUCUAGUUCUUUAUUCCUUUCCCUCCCACCACCUUCUUAUUCUGGCAUCUUCCCGCUUCCUUUCCAGUGCUGAUGAAGGGUCUUGGCUUGGAACGUCGACUCAUCAUUCCUUUCCGGAGAUGCUGCCUGACCUGCUGGGUUCCUUCAUCAUUUUUGUGUAUAUUGCAAGGGAACACUGAAUGUCAGGUGCUGCCUUAAAUGAAGAUGCAAACCACUUGUUCGGGACGUCAACACAAUGAAUCAGAUGGUUCUGAAACUCCAGCUAUCCACAGUAUCGUGCUACUUACAGCCGAAUGUUGUUGCUGUGGUACAAUUGGUUUUACAUUGCAUUUUCGGGUCAGAACCUGACAGGGGGUUGGAAGUUCAAUGCUAACUUCAGAACAACCCUGGAAAAGUCUUUCUGGCCAAUGGGGACAAGCCGAGAGAUAGUAAGGCAAGGGUGAACCAAAUCCACUCCUCGCUCCAGCUAAUGCUACUUUCCUUAUGGAGGUGGUACAUAAAUGCAAGUUAAUUUACCCCUUGCCCAGCUGGAUAAGUAGAACAAAAUGGCCAAUAUAAACAAUAAAAGUAAUUUUUAAAGGAUAUAUAUGGGGCAAAGUUUAAUGUUGCAAAAUCAAAUGCACACUGAGGAUACCAGUCCAGUUCAAAUUGGAACCUACCCACAACUGAAACUACUCCUUGGGUAUUGUGCAUGUGGAUUGGACCCCAGGAUGAUCUGGUGCUGAAACCCAGGAACCUAGUAGCAUAGUGGUUAGUGUAAACACUUUCUGGCACCAGUGAUCACCCAUCAGGGUUCAAUUCCUGCCGCUGUCUGCAAGGAGUUGGUACAUUCUCCCCAUAACCAUGUGGAUUUCCUCAGCGUGCUCCAGUUUCCUCCCACAUUCCAACAAUGUGAAACGUGGAAGGAAACUAGAACACUCGGAUAGUGUUAGUGAGUUGUGGGCAUGCUGUGUUGGCACCAGAAGUGUGGAGACACUUGCAGGCUGCCCCUCCUCUGACUGCAUAGGUUGAUGCAAACAUUUGACUGUAUGUUUCGAUGUACACGUGACAAAGUUUCUGAAGGACAAUAAAACAGAAUUAGUUUAAACUAUCUCCUCCCAUUCUGCCUCAGUAUCCCAAAGGCAAUCUAUUUGUGUGGUUCGAAUAUGUUAAACUCAGGGUAUUUGUUAAGGAUCAAUUUUUUUGAAGAUAUUUUUUCCUACAAUACAAUCAUGGCCAAGAUUCUGAGUGAUG